CAGUGAAGUAGAGAAGAGAAAAAUUUUCAGGGGCAUUUCCACAGACACUUUCUGCAAAAAAAAAAAUGGCUACAACAACUCUGACCUCCUCUCUCUCUGGCAAGAUCCAGAAGACCUCUGCCUUUGGUUCGUCCUUCAAUGGAACCCAGAUUUCAUCCACGUUGCUGCGUCAAUCAGCCAAGGCUGGUUCAGGAAAUUUGUCAGUAACCAUGUCUGCACAGGCCCCUCAGUAUGAUCUGAACGCUUUCGGGUUCGAACCCAUCAAGGAAUCGAUCGUAUCGCGUGAGAUGACUCGCAGAUACAUGACGGACAUGAUCACUUAUGCUGAUACUGAUGUGGUUAUCGUCGGUGCUGGCUCUGCUGGACUCUCCUGCGCGUACGAGAUCAGCAAGAAUCCUGAUGUGCAGGUGGCCAUCAUUGAGCAGUCUGUUAGCCCUGGUGGUGGUGCCUGGCUCGGGGGUCAGCUCUUCUCUGCUAUGGUUGUGCGUAAACCAGCCCAUCUCUUCUUGAAUGAGCUUGGUGUGGAUUAUGAUGAGCAAGAAAACUAUGUGGUGAUCAAACAUGCUGCCCUCUUCACCUCCACGAUCAUGAGCAAGCUCUUGGCUCGCCCGAAUGUCAAGCUCUUCAAUGCCGUGGCUGCUGAGGACUUGAUUGUGAAAAACGGCAGAGUUGGUGGAGUUGUGACCAACUGGGCUUUGGUGUCUAUGAACCAUGACACACAGUCCUGCAUGGACCCUAAUGUGAUGGAGGCUAAGGUCGUGGUGAGCUCUUGCGGACAUGAUGGGCCUUUUGGAGCCACUGGUGUUAAGAGGCUGAAGAGCAUAGGAAUGAUAGACAGUGUGCCUGGGAUGAAGGCUUUGGACAUGAACACUGCUGAGGAUAGUAUUGUGAGACUGACCAGGGAGAUUGUUCCUGGCAUGAUCGUCACUGGCAUGGAAGUUGCUGAGAUUGAUGGCUCCCCUAGAAUGGGACCAACAUUUGGAGCCAUGAUGAUAUCGGGACAGAAGGCUGCUCAUCUGGCUUUGAAGGCUCUCGGUUUGCCCAACGCAGUCGACAAGAACAACGAGGGUGCUCUUCAGCCGGAGUUUGUAUUAGCCGCGGCUGAUUCAGCAGAGACUGCUGAUGCCUAAAUCUGUUUAGCCCAGAAAAAUGGUAGUUGCUAGGUCUUUUGAGCUGGGUUAAUGCUGAAUGUGAUGUUGGUUUUUGUUAAUAAUGGUGCGGAUGUGAUGUUCCAAAAAAACCCCCUUUCUAAGAACUUGGUUUCUAAUAGGAAUUAAACUUUUGUUGUUAUUUCC